AUGUUUGCACAUGGGAGAUUCGCAUUGGUCGGCACCGGGUGCAUCCUGGAGUCUGUCGGCGACUGGUCGCCCGUCCGCUACUCGGACUCGGCGGCACGCGGCACGAUCGCCACCAUCUCAAACGGCGACAAGUCUUUCGAGGCCCAUUUCGUCCUGUCCAAGCUCUCCGAGGCGCGCUUCGCUCUGGUGGACAGGCCGGGCCUCGCGGGGCCCCUGCGCGUGGUGCGGCUGGUGAACAAGGACGGCGCCGUUGCUAUGUCGAUCAUGCUGCACAAGCCUGGGGACGCGCAGACGGCGGCGUGGGACGCGCUGCGCCAGCGCUACGGAGACUCCGUGUCCCUUGAGGCGCCGUAG